AUGCUUUCCCGCAGGAAGCGGGUCCCGGCUGGCUCGGAGCGCUCCAGCCUUUGCCGCUGCCUCUCCACCAUGGACCUUGUCGCCUUGGGAGUGGGCAGCACGCUGGGGGCUGGUGUCUACGUCCUGGCAGGGGAAGUGGCUAAAACCAGCUCUGGUCCCAGCAUCAUCCUUUCUUUCCUGAUCGCAGCCGUGGUGUCCUCUCUGGCAGGGCUGUGCUAUGCUGAAUUUGGGGCCCGCGUGCCCCUGGCUGGGUCUGCCUAUCUCUACAGCUACGUGACGGUGGGUGAGCUGUGGGCAUUCAUUGCUGGGUGGAACCUGCUGCUGUCCUAUGUCAUUGGUACCGCGAGUGUCGCCCGGGCCUGGAGUGCUACCUUUGACCAGCUCCUUGGCAAGAAGAUGGGGAGGUUUUUGGGUGCUCAUGCAGCCAUGAGCUCUGUGGGGCUGGCAGAGCACCCAGAUGCCUUUGCUGCUGGCCUGGUGGUCCUGCUGGCAGGGCUUCUUUCCUUUGGAGUGAAGGAGUCCACUGCAGUGAACAAAGUUUUCACAGCUCUCAAUGUGCUUGUCCUGCUCUUUGUCACACUGAGUGGCUUCAUCAAAGGUGACCUGCGCAAUUGGAAGCUCAGGGAGGACGACCUGCCACGGGCAGCCGGGAACCAGUCUGCAGCUGACAACAUGACCAGUGCUUUUGGGGUGGGAGGCUUCAUGCCCUAUGGUUUCAGUGGGACCCUGGCUGGAGCCUCUACCUGUUUCUAUGCCUUUGUUGGAUUUGACUGCAUCGCUACCACAGGGGAAGAAGUGAGGGACCCACAGAGAUCCAUCCCCAUGGGCAUCAUCCUCUCCCUCCUCAUCUGCUUCCUGGCAUACUUUGGGGUGUCUGCUGCCCUCACCCUGAUGAUGCCCUACUACCUCCUGGACACCAUGAGCCCGCUCCCAGUGGCUUUUGAGUACAUUGGCUGGAGCAGUGCAAAGCACGCUGUGGCUGUGGGGUCACUGUGUGCCCUGACAACCAGCCUCCUGGGCUCCAUGUUCCCCAUGCCAUGGAUCCUGUAUGCAAUGGCUCGAGAUGGGCUCCUCUUCAAACCUCUGGCCAAAGUGAGUCGCCGCCAGUGCCCGGUGGUGGCAACGCUGGUGUCUGGAGGAGUGGCAGCUCUCCUGGCCCUCCUCUUUGACCUGAAAGCCCUGGUUGACAUGAUGUCCAUUGGCACACUACUGGCCUACUCACUGGUGGCUGGCUGUGUGCUGCUACUCAGCUGGGUGAGCACCGCGGGGCUGCCGUGCCUCCGUGCCGGGGGUGCCUGGUGCAUCACUGCCCUGGCUCUGCCCCUCCUGGGGAUCCUGGCGGCAGCUCUGCUCAUCUGGAGGCAGCCUCAGCGCCAGGAGAGAGCAUCCUUCAUGGUUCCCUGCCUGCCCUUCCUGCCGCUCCUCAGCAUCACCAUCAACAGCAUCCUGAUGGCCCGGCUCAGUGCGGGUGCCUGGCUGCGGUACCUGAUCUGGAUGGCCGUUGGUUUCCUUAUUUACUUUGGCUAUGGGAUCUGCUGCUCACAGCAGAGCAGAAGGCUUCUCAUGCUGCGCUGA